CUUAUUCGGAUAGACGGAACCGCAAUGUUAGAGGCUACAGUGAAAAAAGAGAUGGUGCAUCAUGUACCGAUAGAAAUAAUACGGGUGGUAAUGGAAAGCUCAAUGAUCGCAACAGACAACAGCCAAUGCAACAGCAGGAAACACAACAGGAUGACGCAAACGGUCGAAACUUUCACGAGCAGGUUGUUAAACAAGAUGGCCACUACACAACUUGGGGCGACUGGAAGGAAAAAUCUUGGGUGAGGGGUAUGAAUAUUGAACAUGAGAGUAACUCGUCGAACGAUGGGGUGCAGCAGCGGCUUCGAAGAAGGGCGAAAACUUCAUCACAAAAAGGUAAACCGAAGAUGCUGUCAUUGCAAACAGCUAAUGUUAACACACAAACGACGGUUGCAACGACAACGAAUAAGACGACCGGUGCUAUCAAUACCUGCAGCAAAACCGAUACUUUCAGUUCAAUGAACGUACCCAAUCGAGGCGAAAGCGUGGAUUAUAAAGGCAACACUGUCAGUACCAGCAGUAACAAGCAAAUCCAGCCACAGCGGAACCAGCAGACACAAUCUUCAGCUCAGAACCAUGUCACUUUGGCGAUCAGUAAUACGAAUGGUACAAGUUCCGAUAUCUCUACAGCCGCUUAUGUUUUCGGCAAUAGCUCCAAGUCUAGCUUGCGCCGUAUUCCAGCUUCGCGGGGUGUUGAUGAUUCUUCUUGUGGCAGGCACAAACAGGAUCCUACGCCACACCAAUCAACAGUGCAGAGUGAAUCGAUACAAACGGGCGGACAACAAACAACCAAAGCGUCGUUGCAUAGCCUGACUAGUUCCAAAGCAACAAGUGUUGUGGGGACAACAAUGACGUUAAGUACAGCAGAACAAAUUAUCAACAAAGACGAUGCGUUGAUGAACGGUUCGUCCUAAAGGUAGUAUGUAUAUAUAUAAGUAAAAGAAAGAUAUAAAAGUAAUGGAAUACUGUUAAAGAAUAAUGGACAUUUGGAUUAGUUUCGGUAAUAUUGCGUCUUUGAGACAAUUGGUUGAGAAAAAUUUGAUAAGGUAGAACAAUGAAGAGGAGAGUAUUGACUCAUAUUAAUAGUAGUAGUUGGAUAGUAGUUAUAGCUGCUCUUGUGUUUACUGACAUUUUGAAAAAGUACAAGAAAAAUGCAAAGAUCAAAUAAGGUGGAAACAUCCGAAGAAAUAAUGUAUGCAACAACAUUUAAUGUAGCUUUGUGUUGCUAUAAAUUACGAAGUCCACUUUUCAUCGAACAGUCUAGAAAAAAAUUGACAAAACUGAAGUAAACAAAUUCGUUUCAUGCAGUAUUCAUUGGCUUAACAAUUCACCCGAACACAACGGUUUCUGUUUCUGGCCUAGAUAGGACUGCAAAACAUGAUGUUUUGUUAUUUAAAGGCGCAUACGUAAUUCGUGUCUGUGAUGUUCGUCUUUUGAGUUAUUAUAAACAUAAUUGUAUGACGGAAGCAUUGAUAUCAUAUUGGACUGUUAGUUUUCCAGAACGCAACCAUACUUUGGCAUUGACUAUAACGAGAAAUAUUUGUCUUCGAAUACCGUGUUGUGGUUUUCGCUUUACGAAAAAGUUUUUGCGUCAUAUUUUCGUGAUCAUUUCGUAAUUAUUUCUCCACAAAACUCAUGAGACCGAUCCGAGGACACCUUUUGCAAUUAAUAGUUGAGAUAGGAUCCGAAACGAAGAAUGUGUUGAAGGCUAUUGCUAAAAAGAACUUUUUGGACGAAUAGAAAUUCGAACACAUAUGUUUCAUAUUGCAUAAAGUAGGGAUUAUUUUAAUGGUGAUGACAGAAUAUAACACAUCGCUCAAUAAGUCCGUAGGAUAGCUUAUAAAAUAACAAUAUUUUGAUAUAAUUUGUAUUUAUUCAUCAACAUAGUACAGUACAGCCUUUUAAGGCGAUACAGUCAGUCCAACGCUUCUCUAACUUUUCGAUACCAUGUUUGUAGAACGAUUUAUCUUUCCCUUCAAAAUAUGCCUCAGUUUCGGCGAUGACCUCCUCAUUCGAUCCAAAUCUCUUUCCCUGGAGCAUCCUUUUGAGAUCCGAGAACAGCCAAUAAUCGCUGGGGGCCAAAUCUUGCGAGUAUGGUGGAUGGGGCAACAAUUCGAAGUGCAAUUCAUUCAUUUUCACCAUCGUUUUCAUAGACUUGUGACACGGUACAUUCUGUUGAUGAAAGAGAAUUUUUUUCUUCUUCAUGUGCGGUCGUUUUGCGUCGAUUUGAGCCUUCAAUCGUUCCAACAAUGCCAUGUAAUAUUCGCUGUUGAUUGUUUUACCUUUCUCAAGAUAGUCUAUGAACAAUAUACCAUGACUAUCCCAGAAUACGGAGGCCAUAACCUUGCCAGCAGAAGUUUGAGUCUUUGGGCGCUUUGGGCGGCUUUCACCGGCUGGUGUUCACUCAGCCAACUGCCGAUUUGACCCAGGAGUGAAGUGGUAGAUCCAUGUUUCAUCCAUUGUGACGUAGCGACGAAAGAAAUCCUUUUUAUCACGGUUAAAUAAACAUGCCUCAGAAUCAUCGAUUCGUUGUUGUUUUUGGUCCGGUGUUAGCAAACGCGGCACCCAUUUCGAACAAAGCUUCCGCAUACCCAAAUGUUCAUGCAAAAUGGUAAACACACUGCCUUCUGAUAUCUUUACGGCCUCAGCAAUCUCCUUCAAUUUCAAUUUGCGGUCGGAUAAGACGAUUUUGUGGACUUUUUGUAUGUUUCCUUCAGUAACUGCCGAAUUUGGGCGACCGUUCAUUUCGGCGACCGACCAAUUCAGCAUCAUCGGUGUUCGUACGACCACGUUUAAAGUCACCAAACCACUUCUCAACCAUUUGCCUCGAUGGAGCAGAGUCCGAAUAACAUUUUUCAAGCCACUGUUUAGUUUGCACGGUAUUUUUUCCCAUCACAAAGCAAUGCUUAAUGAGCACACGAAAUUCUGAUUUUUCCAUUUUUUUCAAUUUACAAAAGUUGAUUGAAUUGUUCACACUGUAACUUGGUAAAUAAUAGUCCGAAUGUCAUGAAACUUUGACAGAUAUCGUUUGAAGGUUGGUGCUAUCUAAAAAUCAUAAGGAUUCUGUAUUUGUUUCGCCAUCUAUAUGUCAUCCUGCGAACUUAUUGAGCGAUGUGUUAGAAGACUAACAAAGAACUUUUGAGUUAUAAGUGAAUUUUUGAUAUUUUUUGGCCAUAGUAGGAAAUUAUCAUACCCUCGUCGAUAGAGCAGUCGAUAACGUUUGUCAUUGUCUCGCAGCUGACCUGGGUUGGAAUCCUGGGACCCGUUGUCACGUAAACCCGGACAUGGUUUUUAUUCCUGAUUCUGGCGUGACACGGUGGUUGGCGCUGUGCCAGCGAUUGUUGCCGAAGACGAAGAAGAAGAAGAAGAAGAAAAAGAAAAAGGAAAAGAAGAAAAGAAAGAAGGAAUU